AUGGUUGUCCCAAAGGUGUUAGUUGUGUUUUCUCUCAGUCUUCUGGUAUUGACAGUUUGGGCUGAUGAAAGUAACCAGGCUGUAGAGACGGGAGAUCUAGAAGCCGAAGCUACAGGCCAUGGUGGAUAUGGAGGUGGUGGAAUCGGUUUGGGCGGAUAUGGAGGCGGUGGAAUCGGUGUGGGCGGAUAUGGAGGCGGUGGAAUCGGUUUGGGUGGAUAUGGAGGUGGUGGACUCGGUUUGGGCGGAUAUGUUGGAGGUUUCGGAGGUGGAUAUGGUGGAGGAUACGGAGGUGGGUAUGGUGGUGGAGUUGGAACAUUUCUUGCUAUUCCAAUUGGCGUCGCUCAUGCCCGUGUAGUAGGAGUCGGUGGACUUGGUGGUUACGGUGGUUUCGGUGGACUUGGAGGUUAUGGUGGAUUUGGCGGAGUUGGAGGUUAUGGUGGAUUUGGCGGAGUUGGUGGUCGUGGUGGAUUUGGCGGAGUUGGAGGUUAUGGUGGAUUUGGCGGAGUUGGAGGUUAUGGUGGAUUUGGCGGAGUUGGUGGUCGUGGUGGUAGAGGACAUCACAAGGGAUGGGAUUAA